ACUUCUUGCUCAGCUCAGCUAAAAUCCGGAAGAGCACAGCCGAUUACAAAACUAAAAUUAAAACUAAAAACAUUAUUCUUCUUAUAUUGAGUAUCAUUAUUGGAGAAUGACAGCUUCUGGUGUCAACUUAGCGGCUGAUGCCUUUAUGGUGUGCCUCACCCAUGCAUUUUCUACUGAAAGAGAAGAAGUUAUGGGGUUGUGCAUUGGAGAGAUUGACACUAAUAAGAUAGUACACAUCGUUUCAGUGAUCAUGCUGCGUAGAUCAGAUAAGAGGAAAGAUAGAGUAGAGAUAUCUCCAGAACAACUCUCGUUUGCAGCGUCUGAAGCUGAGAGAUUAGCACAAGAGAUGAAACGGCCCCUUAGGGUAGUGGGUUGGUACCACUCUCACCCUCACAUCACAGUUUGGCCCUCGCAUGUUGAUGUCCAAACUCAAGCAUCAUACCAGCUGCUUGAUGAAUGCUUUGUAGGUUUAAUCUUCUCAUGUUUUAACGACGACAACUCAACCAACCAGGGCCUCAUCCAGGUCACCUGUUUUCAGUCCAUCAACCAGAAUCCAGAGGGAGAGGCACCUCAGUAUGAGAGACUGGAGAUUGCACUUCACAUCAUUCCACAGCAAACCUUUGGCCGGGCAUGUCUAGACGCCUUGGCCGAGUUACCACGGAUACUGACCAUGGAGGAGGGGGAAGCAUACGGGAAGGCCAGCGAUUCAACGCAAGGGCAUCUCCUGACAGCUAUACACAAUGGUGCAGUGUACACAAAAUCGGUUUGUCACCAGCUAGAGAGACUGACAGGGCCGUUACUGCAGACAUUAGAAAACAGACUUGAAAAGAACAUGCAACUCAUCGAGGAUAUGGAACGGGAAAAGAAACAGUUGAUGGAGGAACUGAAAACGGGCAGCUCAUGAACUUGGUACCAUGGAUAUGUUCUAUCAGACAAUUGGGAUCAUGAAGCCAGGGGAUAUUCUUGCCCUAAUUUUCAUCGAAGCUGUCAACAAUGGACCCUUUUAAAUCUGGCGGGUUGUGAACUUAGUACAUUGAUAUGUGAUUGAGGCAGUGCACCUGAUGUCACAAGCUUCCCAGCUUGAGUAUGUUCUGACCAAGAUCUUCACCCUCGUACAAACCAUCUAUAAACGACCCUCAGAAUGCUAGCAGCUUAUGAAACUCUAUACCAUUGAUGUUAUAUUGAGGCACUGCAUCUGAUGUCACAAGCUUCCCAGCUUGAGUAUGUUCUGACCGAGAUCUUCACCCUCGUGUAAGCCAUCUAUAAUGGACCCUCAGAAUGCUAGCAGCUUAUGAAACUCUAUGCCAUUGAUGUGUUUAUUGAGGCAGUGCAUCUGACGUUACAACCUGCCUUGCCCGAGGAUGUUCCUGCUGCAAUUGUUGCCUGAAUCAUCAUCAAUGGACCCAUCUAGUGAAGCUGUGUCGUCCGUUCAUGUUUUUUUUGGCAUUUGUUGUGAUCUUGUUCAACAUGGAUGGACCCGUAAAUGCAUCUUUCAAUAUGUGUCUUCUGCCGCUGAAAGAAGUAUUAAUGGGACAAACAUAUAGACCAGGGUUUCUUCACACACACAAAAAAAAUUUGCUGACUGUCCAGAUGUAAUUCUUCUUUUUCUUCUUAUUCAAGAUAAUCUGCCUCCUUCAAUACUAAAGAUUCUUGCAGAUGCCGUAUAUACUUGACCUGAUUGGGGUAUGUAGGUGGACCACUACACCAUGGUUUCCCCCUACUCUUAUACAAAUAGUGCAGUGGGUUCUUUACGUGUAAGAGGGGUGACUCUCCUGUACACUGGCCUCCAUUUAAAGUCAUAUCCGAGGGAUUACCAUGAAAGCUAAAAGAUCUGAAACAAGGGAUGCCAUUUGGGCGCCAAAAUUCUGCAUUCGUAUACGAGGUCAUAUGAACUUUGUUUUAGACACAAUCUACUCCUAAAAUUUACAGUUCUGACACUUGUAAUACUAAGAAAAUUAUCUUUGUUCAAGGUCUUUAUCUGAUCCAAGGGGAAUAGCUACAAUUUUCUUUUUAAAGCAGAUCCUUCCAGGUGGUUCACGGUCAAGACUUUGAAAAGUGCGGACAAAAUGACUUUCUUAGGCCCUCUUGAGCACGAUUAAUUGGGUAUUGCUUUGUUACUACUAGGCUGCUAUUAUAUUUGAGUACUAAAUUGUUACAAUGUUUAUAUUUUGUGUCAAGCAUAAAGAGCAGAAUUAAAGUGAAUUUUAUGUACUAAAAUGGAUAGUGAUAUUAUUAAACAUUCAUGAAUCUCA